CAAAAUAUAACCGUUUUCUAAUCAAUUGAGGCGUUUUCAUUUCGAGAAAAUGUUGAUUUUAAUGGGGGAAUCCCUGAGCUCUCUCAGUUUAUUAUCUGUCUAAUGUCUAAUCUUAUUUUUAGUCACAGUCACAGUUGACCGCAGUUCGAGUUCGUACUUAUUAGUUUUUGUUUGUGAUGAAGUACCUAGCGGCUGCUAUUUGAUUUUAUGCCAACUUCAAACAUGGGUGACGAAAAAGAUAAGAAGAAAGACAGAAGGGCAUAUAACUGGCGAUCCAGAGAUAUCGGUCCAUCAGUGGAUACAAAUAAGUAUUUUACUACAAGAAGUGAUUUUGUACCCAUUUCAAACAUGGGUGACGAAAAAGAUAGGAAGGAAGACAGAAGGGCAUAUAACUGGCGAUCCAGAGAUAUCGGUCCAUCAGUGGACCCAAAUAAACAUUUUACUACAAGAAGUGGAACCUCCCGUCCAUAUGGGAAUAGUAGAGGAAGAUGUAGUCCAUAUCAAUCAAAUCAAAGGCUAAAAUUCACAAAAUCAUUGGAUAAUAAUAUUCAGCAUGAGUUUUUGGAUUCCAAAUUCUUAACUGAUAUGCUUCAAAAAGAUAUUGAAACUAUAUCUUACUAUAUAAUUCAUAAUGCACCAACGUUUUUAAAAGUGAUAUCGGAUUUACCACUGGAAAUAUUAAUUUUAAUAACAAAGAUGACGGCCAAGGCUUGCGGGAAUGAGUCAGUAACGAGUAGAUGUUUUAUCCUCCGAUCAUUUUUAAAAGAGAAGCUUGUCACAGUGCUUUGUACAUUUUUAUCAAGUUUGUUGACUAACGAUUCAGUUGAUAAAACCUUCUGGGAUGACAUAAAGGAAGUGUUAGGGUGCAUUCUUACUAUAUUAGAGGGAAACUUGCAGCUUCUACCUUCAAGUUCAUGGGAACAAGUGCAGACUGUUACCAAAAAUCUUAGCUUAGUUUUACCGGUAUUGCAUAAUACUAAGCCGAUUAUAUGCGAUAAUUUAAAUCAAAGAGUUGUCAGCCUACAAACAGAUUUGGUGACAAUCGAAAAUAAAUUCAAGAAAAACGAGAAUCAUGUUUUGGCGAAAAAUAACAAUCAGUCUGAAGAAGUUCCAGAAGACGAUUUUCGCAGCUCACCCGUAUUUCCGUCAGUGAGUGAGCUAAUCAUCCCCGAAAGACCUCCUCUCAGGAGAAAUGUUGUUAAGGGAAAAUUUUCUUCAGUCAAAGACUAUCUUGAUAUUCAUUAUAGGCUACUCAGAGAAGAUUUCGUAAAUCCGAUUAGAGAAGAUAUUUGCGAUUUUCUAAACCGAUCCCAGAAGCAUUUAUUUAAUAUAAAGAUUCACAGAAAUGUAAAUUUUUUAUAUAAAACAAUUGUUAAAGGUGCCGUAUAUCAUAAAAUCAAGUUUGAAAUAAGUGAAGCUUUAAAGAAUAUAUUGCGUUCUGGAGAAAACAAACGUUUCAUGCACGGCACAUUGUUGCUAUUUAGCUGCAACAAUUUUAAAUCUCUUAUUUGCGGGAAAGUUUGUGCAAAUAAAGAUCUAGAAAGAGGAUAUUUGGAUGUCCACUCUGAUGAUUAUGUAGAUUUUGAUGCCACUUAUACCAUGAUUGAAUGUGUUUUGUUCUUUGAGCCUUACUAUCAAGUUCUUCGGAUACUACAACGGCUUCCUCACGACACAUUGCCAAUGGAAAGGUAUUUAGUUAAUGUGGAUAGACAUGUUUUGAAUCCUAAAUAUUUAAACAAUAUUCGAAGAUAUGAUUUACCUCAGAAAUUAAAUCAGUCUCAAAGAGCGGCACUGCAUGCCGCAAUGAAUAAGGAAAUGGUAAUAAUUCAAGGUCCUCCUGGAACAGGAAAAACUUUCUUAGGACUGGAACUCGUAAAGAUGCUUCUAGAACUUAAACCGCAAUGGACGUGUAGAGGACCAAUCGUGAUUAUUACAUAUACAAAUCAUGCUCUUGAUCAAUUUUUGAACGAAAUUAGAAGUGCUACUGAUAAAGUUAUUCGGUUUGGGCGGAAUUCUACCGAUAUCAUGAAGAUGGAAAAUAAAUAUGGAGUUGAAAAUAAAUUAAAACAUAUUUUCGGUGAAACUUAUCUAUGUAAUAGAGGUAUUUUGAGAGAACUAGCAAGCCAUUUUAAUUCCGAUGGAAGUAAAAGAAUACCUAAUAGUAGAUUAAUCAGUAUUCAAAUAAGAAGACGUUGUAGUAUAGACAUUGAUCUUGAUAAAAUCCCUAUUGACCUUAGACUUUGGUUAAAAGAAAAAGUGGCCUUAUGGGAAUCUUCAAGGUUCCUUGCAGCGUUCGAAGAAAGAUUUUUCGAAGAGGAAACAACUCUUAGUUUCCUAAUCAAACAUAAAGAAACAACUGUUAUUUCACCUGAAAAGUUCUGUAGCGGGGUUCCAGAUAAUUUAAUAGAGACUAUUAUUCCAUACUAUUUUGAAAAUUUCGAUUUCUUUUUUUGGCUUCUAUACGAUGAUGGGUCAAUAGCAAUAAAUAAGAGAACUGACAAAAAGAUUGCUGCGGUAGAUAACGACGAAGAAGAAGAAUUGUAUUAUUUUCUAUCUAAUUAUGCUCUCGAUUAUAUGGAUAUUCUGAAUGAUAGAGAUGAAGAGGAUACGUUUUUACAGUCCUGUCAAUUUAAGGAUACUCUAGAAUAUAUAAAAUUAUCCGAUCUAAUAAAAAAAGGUCAAGAUUUUGAGCGAAUUAUUGAAAACCAAGAAAGCAUAAGUCAUAUACCGGCUUUACGAAGUCAAAUUGAAUAUAUAAAACAAAAGGUACAAUACAUACAAUUUUGUUUAGAAACUGAUUUCGGAACACCAGAGGACAGUCUUUCUGAACAAACAGAUCCGUUCUCGCUUCCUUCAAGAGCCAGAUGGCAGCUUUAUAAAGAUUGGAUUAAUCGUUGUAUGAUAUUGCUGAGAAAACGAUCUGAUAGGGGAAUGUGGGAUCAUUUAGAACAAUUAUUUGACGAGCAUACUUCUUUAAAAAAUAUUAAUACUGCCUACCUGUGUAAAUCAAUGGAUAUUAUAGCUAUGACCACUGCUCGGGCGGCUAGAAGUAGAGAACUCUUGGAACGUAUUGAGAGUCCUAUUUUAAUAGUAGAGGAGGCCGCAGAGGUCUUAGAAAGCCAUGUCAUUACUGCGUUGACUAAACAUUGUCAGCAUCUUAUCUUGCUAGGAGAUCAUCUGCAGUUGCGUCCAAGCACUUCUGACUACUUAAUGCAGAGAAAGUAUGAUUUGGGAGUUAGCCUUUUUGAACGAUUGAUAGAAAACGGAGUCGAAUGUCAUACAUUAAACGUACAACAUAGGAUGCGCCCAGAAAUAUCAAGCUUAAUACAUCCUCUGAUUUAUAAAACAUUAAUUAAUCAUGUUGAUGUUACCAAUUACCCUAAAGUUAAAGGGAUGACCCACUCAUUAUAUUUUAUCGAUCAUAUGGAACCUGAAGAAUCUUACGGCGAUUCAAGCAAAAUGAAUACACAUGAGGUUAAAUUUUUAAUUGGACUGGCCAUAUAUCUGCUUCAAAAUGGUUAUAAACCUGAAAAUAUAACUAUUUUAUCAACAUAUCGGGGUCAGAUGUACGCUUUAAAAAAACAGCAAUCGAAUUGUGCUCUUCAAGAAGUUAAAAAAAUCCGGAUAGCCGUAGUAGAUGAUUUUCAAGGGGAAGAAAACAAGAUUAUUUUGUUAUCUUUAGUUAGGAGUAACCCUGAAGGUAAUAUUGGAUUUCUUUCGACAGAGAAUAGAGUGUGCGUCGCCUUAUCCCGUGCUAAAGAAGGCCUUUAUAUUAUAGGAAAUAUGACACAAUUAUGUGGGGCCAGUGAUGUCUGGAAAUCAAUAAAAACAACUUUACAAUCACAGAACGCUAUAAGUACAUUCUUGCCUCUAAGAUGUAACAAACAUGAUGAACAUGUAACAUUCGUUUCAAAGGAUACUGAUUUCCUAAAAGUUCCCGAAGGAGGUUGUAACCAAUCCUGUAAUAGUCUAUUAGAUUGUGGUCAUCGUUGUAUUAAAAUAUGCCAUAUCGCCGAUGCAGAUCACAUAUUAUAUAAAUGUACAGAAAAAUGUACCCGGUCGUUGUGUCUUGAUGUCACCCAUAAAUGCAAGAAAUUAUGCUUUGAGGAAUGCGGCUCAUGUUAUUAUACUGUUUUGCGGGAAUUUCCUUGUGGUCACAGUAAAAAACUUCCAUGUAAUGUCACAAAUUAUAAAUGCAUGGAGUCCAAAGAAAUACAACCUGAGUGUGGUCACGUCCAAAACAUAUAUUGUUAUCAAAAUACUGGAGAAUUUCUUUGUGAAGUAGGUGUGGAGAGAACCAUGCCAAUAUGCGGUCAUGUGCAAGUCGUGCAAUGUCAUAUGAACAUUGCAGAAUUUAAGUGUAAAUUUGAAACCGAAUUAACAUUAGAAUGUGGGCACAAUGUGAAAAAAAUAUGUAGUAAGGGGAAAAACGAGGAGGAUACUAAGUCUACGGCAACAAACAAUAAAAGUUAUGAUUUACCAUGUAAUAUUAUGAUUGAGAAAAUGAUUCCAGCUUGUGGGCAUGUUCAAAUGUUACCAUGUUAUCAGAGGCCUGAGGAUGUUAAGUGCCAAUUUGUUGUUGAAGGUACAUUAAGAUGCGGUCAUAAAAGGAAUUAUCCCUGUGCUGAUAAACAAAAUAUAGAAUGCGUUGAAAAGUGCCAAAAACCAUUAAAAGGAUGUAAGGACCCAAAACUUCACGGAAAGUGUCCCCGACCUUGUGGAAAGAAAUGCUCAAGUUGCACGAAAAUGGCUAUCCAAAGGUACGAUAAUUGCCGCCAUUUUGAAAACGUACCUUGUAUUAAAUUGAAUCCAUUUAAAAAAUGUGAUAAGCCUUGCGGAAGGAAAUUAUCAUGCGGACAUAAAUGUCAGCUUAAGUGCUACGAGCCAUGUAUUAAAAAGUGUAAACAAUAUGUUGUUAAAAUUCUACCAGAAUGUGGCCAUAAGCAGAAAUUAAUGUGUUCAGAGACGCCUUCCCAAUUGCUCUGUUCACAACCCUGUAGUAAGAUCAUGAAAUGUGGUCAUAAGUGCCUUAGUACUUGUAACAAACCCUGCUCAAAUGUUUGCUCUCAACGAUGCAGUAAGCUUCUAGACUGCACACAUACUUGUAUACAACGAUGUGAUGAAAAAUGUGCAUGCAAAACUUUCACUUUUGUAGACUGUGGGCAUAGAAUUGCUGUCAAAUGUAACGAAGAUAUUGAUAAAAAAAAGUGUGAAGACAACUCCAUUAAAAGAUUACCGUGUGGACAUCGGAAAUGGCUUCCUUGUUCCGCAGAUCCCGCUCUGGAGGUUUGUAAUCAGAAAUGCGAAGCUCUAUUGCCUUGCGGCCAUUCUUGUUCACAACCCUGUAAAAGUCAAUGUUCACAUGCAAAAAAAUGCCAAAAAAAGUGCCUUAAAACUUUGCGUUGUGGCCACCUAUGUAAAAACCUAUGUGGAGAGCCAUGCACCAAGAAAUGCCUAUCACAGUGCAGCAAAAAACUAAUAUGCGGGCAUAAUAACAUUUGUUCUCAGGUCUGCUCUGCACCGUGCGUAACAUUUGAAAAAUGUGGAAGUAAAUGCGAUAAGAUCCUUAGUUGUGGGCACCAGUGUAUAAAUAUGUGUGGAGAGGAAUGCGUUUGCAAAAUCGUAUUAUCGACUGAUUGUGAGCACUUCGUCAGAGUAAAGUGCGAAGUUCAACCGACAAAAAAAUAUUGUGAGCAAAAAUGUGAAAAGAAGUUAAAUUGUGGGCAUUAUUGCAAGCAGAAAUGCAAGGAAGAUUGUUUCUGUUUUGAAGUCUGUGAAAAACAACUCAAGUGUGGCUGCUCAUGUAUCAAGCAAUACUGCUCCGACACUUGUGAGUGUAGAAAUCGGUGUUUAUUGAAUGAUGUAGAAGAGGAUGAUUUACAUAUAUAACUGUUUAGGUUUAUAUAAAACUGUUUCCAUUUUCUAUUUUGUUUCAAUGCAAAAUGAUCUACAUAUAGAUUAAAUUUUCUUAAAACUUUUA